UUAUAGACCACUUCACUGUAUUUCAUGGUACCUCCUGGGUGAGUAGUUUAUAGACCACUUCACUGUAUUUCAUGGUACCUCCUGGGUGAGUAGUUUAUAGACCAAUACACUGUAUUUCAUGGUACCUCCUGGGUGAGUAGUUUAUAGACCACUUCACUGUAUUUCAUGGUACCUCCUGGGAUAAUCAGGACCAGAUUCCAGUUCAAAAUGGUUGCCCAAUGCCAUCUGCCACAUCAGAUGUUGCCAUGGCUACCAUAGUGUCCGCCACCAGGUUGACUAGAGAAGAUGCUUUGAAAACCACUCUGGACAUUGAACUGGACAUCACAGGGACAUCAAUAGACUAUGAGCCUGGUGACACAUUUGGUGUGGUCUGUGUUAAUGACAAGAAGGAGUGUGAUAUGUUGAUUGACAGGCUCCAGCUGUCAGACAUAGCAGAUGUUCCCUUCAGAAUGAUGUUGAAGCAGGAAACAAAAAAGAAGCUGGCUGUGGUACCUCCCUACCUCCCCAACCCUUGUACUGUCCGUCAUGCCCUAGUGACAGGGUGUGAUAUCAGAACAGCACCAAAGAAGGCUUUUUUACGUCUGCUGGCUGAGUACACUUCACAUGAUGGACAGAAGAGACGUUUGCUGGAACUAAGCAGUCGUGAGGGAGCUCCUGAUUAUGCUAAGUUCAUCAGGGAAAGCAAGGUGACCUUGUACGAUAUUCUCUGUGCUUUCCCAGCAUGCACUCCUCCGUGGAGUAGGGUGCUUGAGCACCUGCCACGGCUGCAGGGCCGCCCCUACUCCUGUAGCAGCUCUGCUCUGGCCAGACCUGGGCGCCUCCAUUUUGUCUUCAACAUCCUGGAGUUUCCGUCUGGAGAGGGAAGGAUUCUGUCCCGUCAGGGUGUGUGCACGGGAUGGCUGAACAGGCUGACUGCUGCCUGCCAGACUGGGAUAAAUGGGAAAAUGGAGGAACAUGGGACAGCCACCUCUCAGACUGGGAUAACUUGGGACAUGGAGGAGCACGGGACAGCCACACCCCAGACUGGGCCAGCUGGGGACAUUGAGGAGCACGGGACAGCCACCUCUCAGACUAGCAUUACUGCAGACGUGGAGGAGCACGGGACAGCCACCUCCCAGACUGGGACAGUUGGGGACAUUGAGGAGCACGGGACAGCCACACCCCAGACUGGGAUAGUUGUGGACAUGGAGGAGCAUGGGACAGCCACACCCCAGACUGGGACAGUUGUGGACAUGGAGGAGUCAGGGACAGCCACUUCCCAGACUGGGACAGUUGGGGACAAAUGGUUGCUGGAUAAGGUCCAGAGUCUGAGCUUACACAUGCCUAAGGUCCCCAUUUACCAGCGCAGCAACCAGUAUUUCCACCAUCCACAGUCGCUUGACACACCCUUGAUCAUGAUAGGUCCUGGCACAGGAGUGGCACCUUUUGUAGGGUUCCUACAGCACAGGGCUGAACUGAAGAAAAUUCAAGCCCCACCCACCCUUGGAGCUACCUGGCUAUUCUUUGGCUGCAGACAUAAAGACAAGGACUUUUUGUACAGAGAGCAGUUGGAGCAGUUUGCCAAAGAAGGUAUCCUUACAAAACUUUUGACAUCCUUCUCAAGAGACCAACUACCAGAUGGCGCUCCACGCUAUGUGCAAGACAACCUGGGACUCCAUGCACAGGAAGUAGUGGACCUUAUUGACUGCCAUGGAGCUGUAGUGUAUGUGUGUGGGGAUGCCAAAAAUAUGGCAAGGAACGUUAAUGAGAAAUUUGUGGAUAUUUUGCAGAUGAUAAAAGGUUUCAGCUUGGAAGAAGCCAGGGUUUAUCUAAUGGAAAAGAGACAGAGUAGAAAAUACCUGGAAGAUAUUUGGUCCUGACAGAAUUACCUCAGUUGGAGUGCCAUUUACGUUUUCUUCCCUCAUGAAAAUUGCCAGUUUUUAUGAAGGGAAAGAGGGAAAUACACUGGCAAAGCUAGAAUAUGAAUAUAGCUGGUUUUGAUAUGGUUCACAAACUGUGUUAUCUCAGUGGGUGUCGUGUGAUGGAUAGCUGUUGUCCUCUGUCUUUGAUAACAAACCUCUGUAUGUCUCUGCUCAUUAAACAAAAGAUUUUGUGAUGUCAGAUAAUGUUUGUUCUUCCCUGUAGUAAAAAAGGCUGACAGAAUGAGUUGACAUUUAAAUGACUUUAUUGAAAAUAGUUUUGUUCCUAAGGCUGCUGUGAAUUUAAACAAUUUGUAAAUUUUAUAAAUGUGAAUUAGAAACACGCUGUUGCAGUCCCAGUAAGUGGUUUCUGCCGGAUUUGAUACAAAUUGAUGUUCACUAAGACAUAUUUUACCAUAAUAAUGAAAGAUUUAAUUUGAAAUUUAUUUUGUUUAGCCACAGAUCUAAUUUCUUAUUCAGCAGCAUUUGCCGUCUAGUGUAACGUGAAGAGGAGAGAUAGUCGGAGGGUUAUUGCGGUAGUUGAGAUGUAUAGAAGUCGGUUGCGACAGAAUUGCAUUUUGUGUCCCAACGGAAUAGCUUCAGCACAUCGAUUGCCUACUUCCAUUUAUACUGCUGUCGCGUAAUCCGACGAAAGCGAUGUUUUAACUUCAAAGCCUGUAGUUUUUUACCAGAGAACUGGAGUUACUAUGUUCACACUAGAUCAGGUGCUGACAGUAAGGAAACAGGCGGGAAAAGCUCAGUUUGCCAGCGGACCAUUACUAGUUCCACCCUGCCUUCCCCCGUUAUCAGCCACAGCAUAAACUACUGUAUUAUAUAAGGGUGGGUAUAAUUAGAGCGCAAUUAAAAGAAUUCAUUUGGAGGCCAACAGUCAUUAUAACAAUGUAUUAUCAGUUCUCCCAGAACUUAAUGAAUUUUGUUAUGAACUUCACAAAUCGAUCUACUGGUCAACAAUGAAAUGAUCUAAAAAAAUAAAUGCCCUCGGGGCUUUUAUCAUUUUUAUGUACAGACACAGAUGUGUCUGUA